UUCGAGUCCAUCCUGUCGCGGCUUAACGGAAUUGAAGUUUUCUGUCGUCGAAGAUAAACUGAGGCCACUAACGCUGACCUAUCCGGAGAGUUGGGAACUCUCAUCACUAUGGCUUGCUGCUACAUUGCUGCGUCUAUGAUCGCCUUCAUCAUCCGGGGCUGUGAUGCUUUGGAUAUCAAUCUACACAUCCAAUACAAUGAAUCGGUCGAGCACGGGUACGAUGAAGUCGAGGAAGAAUAUAUCGGCGAGAAGAAGCGAGAGGACGUCGAAGCAUCCGAUGCUACUGUGGUAUCGAUAUCUGGAAUGACCUGUGCUGCCUGCACAUCCACCGUCGAAUCUGCCCUAAAGGAAGUCACCAACGUUAACGAAGUUUUUGUGUCUCUUCCGUAUCAAGAAGCCAGAAUUUUUCACAGCACAAAGUUGAACUACAAAGAGGUAGUUUCUGCGAUUGUGGCCGUCGGUUACGACGCAGAAAUCGGGGAACGAGCGAGUGCACGGAAGAUCGCCACCUUGAGAUGCACCGAAGAACUCGAAACACUACGGAAUUCCGUAAAAGGGCUAUCCUUCUUCUCCGCGGCCAUCUUUGCAUCUGGAACCUUCCUCGAUUACUCUAGAUACGCUUCCCUACUCCAGUCGCCGACUGUCCAAUUUAGCAGAGAUGUCAUGUUGUUCGCUCUCACAACGAUUGCGGCGGGCAGAUACGGAAUAUGGAUCUUCAAGAAUUCCGGGAACGCUGCGCUUCACCUGCGCGUAAAUAUGCAUACUUUGAUCAGUGCAUCGACUGUGGUCGGGCUUUCUCUAACACUACUAAAUAUGUUCCACAAAAAUCCAAGGCCGGAUGCUUUGUACUUUGACACAAUCCUAGGAGUUCUUCUCAUCAUUACAGUGGGAAGGUACAUGGAUUUACUAUCUCGCCGCAGAGCGACCGAUGCAUUCGCCGGCUUAUAUUCGCUUCGAGACCAGACAUCGACGAAACGUGUACUGACUUCAAUGGUCCGCUCCGGUGACGAAAUACUAAUUGAAGCAUUCAACAUCGUGCCCUGCGAUUGUUAUGUCGUUUCGGGAACCUCGCAUGUAAAUGAGGCUGUCAUAACCGGCGAAUCGCUACCCAAGACGAAGUCCGAAGGGGACUUACUCCUCGCUGGGUCAAGAAAUGGACCGAAUCAGCUCCACGCACGGAUCAAUCAGGACUUCGAAAGAUCGUACCUCUCACAGCUUAUUCGAAGUGUGGAGAAUUCAUUUAGCUCCAAGGUAUCGGUCCAGUAUCGCAUCGAUAUAAUUACACAAUACUUCGUUGGCGCCAUUUUUGCUAUCGCUAUUCCCACGGCAGUCUACACAUAUGUCACACAAUGCGACCGAGGGUCAGAUUAUGUUUCGUGGCAAAAAGGUAUCCUCAUGCUCAACGGCGGCGAAACCAUGGAGCGCCUAAAGAGUAUCACCCACAUUGUCAUGGACAAAACCGGCACUUUGACCCGAGGAACCAUGACUGUUGGCGGUAUAGUUGUCAACGGUCUCUGGAAAGAUGAGGGAGAUAAACUUGCCACCCUAAUCUGUGCCGCCGAAGAGCACGGCAUGGCUGCUCACCCUCUCGCCGUGGCCAUUUUCCGAAAGUUUUUGCCCAUAUCUGGGGACAUGUGGAAGAAGCUCAAGGACACCGGUGCCGCACGAAAUUUUGCUCAAAGCGGAGGGCGAGGUGUGAGGUGUGAAGUUAACACUGGAGAUGGGUUGUGGAGGAACGUUGUCCUUGGUAAUAUUUCAUGGAUGAAGGAAAAUAAUAUUAGAGGGAUUGAGUCUCUCUCAAUAGAUGUCGAAAAAGAAGGUUCCGCGGCCUUCGACGUUAUUAGGCCAGAUGCAAAAGUCACAAUCGACGCGCUAAAAACUCAUGGAGUUGAAAUCAGCAUACUAACAGGCGAUCAGCCUGCUGAAGCUUGGCGUAUUUCAAGAGAACUGGGCAUUCCGGUGUUGGAUUUUGCCGCGACCCCUGAUGUCAAGCUGAAGCACAUCAAGUCCAUCCAGGCCAGAGGUGGAAAGGUCGGUGAUGGAAUGAACGACGGACCUAGUCUCGCAGCCGCCGACGUUGGUGUUAUGAUAGUAAAUGGGCGGAAAUGCCUAACCUCUGGUGGCAGCGUGCUACUUCUUCGACCCCAGCUCCAGUCACUCAUCACAUUGCUAGAAAUCUCGAGAACGGUCAUGCGACAAGUCUCCACGAAUAUCGCUUGGGUUAUUACUUACAACGUUGUUGCGGUGGCGUUGGCGAUGGGUCUUGGAAAGCCGUUGCAUGUUGAGAUCUCUCCGCCAAUUGCGGCUGCAAUGAUGUCUGUGUCGUCUUCAUUCAUCACGGUUCAGGGUCUUUUGUUGCGCAGCCGGCUAGCGAAAGAGAAGGAGCCUGAUGACUGA